AUGGUGCUGAAAGGCAACAAAAUCGAACCAUUUUUGGAGCGAAUUAUUAUAGGCAAUGAAAAAUGGAAGAAAUACGAGAAUAUCAAACGCAAGCGAUCAUGGUCAAAGGCCAGUGACCUUCCACAAACGACUUCAAAGCCUGGAUUGUCAUUAAAUAAGGUUAUCUUGAGUGUUUGGUGGUAUUGGAAAGGAAUUGUCCAUUAUAAGCUGCUGCAACUUGGCGAAACCAUCAAUUUGGCCCUGUACUGUGCACAACGUGACUGUUUGAACGAAGCAAACCAGAAAGAGCGACCAGAAUUGGCCAACAGAAAGGAUGUUGUGCUCCAUCAUGACAAUGCACGACCACACACAUCUUUGAUGACUCGGAACAAAUUGACGGAGCUUGGUUGUUAA